CAUGCAUGUAGACAGUAGAAUCUUCUAUGCAUUAGAAAGUCCUUGUCGCACGUCAUACUCGUAAUAUUCCUGCACAACACAUUGCUAACUCUUGCUGCAGUGAUGUAGGCAUGUGGACUGCCACAAGGUCAUCCAAUUUUUUUUUAAUGGUCCGGUCCUCACACAGGCGUGAAAAAGAAUGCCAGCAUUUAUUUUGAGCCUUAAACUGAAUAACCUCAGUGACGAAAAGCCCGUGCGAGAAGAGAGAGACCCUUUCUAGGUUUGCACGAAAGUUACUAGCCCUCAGUUUUUUUUUUUUUCCGAAGCGAUUAGCCGUGGCGAUAUUAUUUUAAAAGUGUAUGUACGUUCUUACUGGUGUACGCAAAUUAAAAUAGCGUUACUGGCAUCACGAUCAUCAUCAUCAGAUAAAUACAAGCAUUCGUAUUUUUCAGCCGUUCUGGUUCCGGCGCGAAAAAAUUGCGGCAAACGUCCUGAAAAAAGUUCGCUGCACUUACAAGCUUUGCGAACACAACCAAGCUCGCGAGUGCUUUAUCGGCGUUAUCACAAAAUCUGGUAAGCAGCCGUAGUUGCUUGGGUGCCCCCACCCUCGCUGGCUGCCUGUCUUUCGUCAACAUGGGUCGCCGGCGAAUCCUGAGAACGCCGUCCGAGGAGCGCGAACACCAGCUAAGACGUAAGGAAAUGAGGCGGGCCCGCAUACGUGCCCAGACGGACGAACAACGCGCCAUUGCUCGAGCGAAGCACGCCGAACUGCAGCGCCGAAGGCGACGGGAGGACCCCGAAGUUCGGCAGCUGGAGGCGGCCAAACACCGCGCCCGCCGCGAAAUCGAGGCAGUGCGACAGCGCGAGGCCGAAGUGAGACGGCUGCACCGACAGAACGCCGCGGUUGUGCAGCACGAUGUGGAGGCUCAACGUGCGAAGUGGCGCGAAGCGCAGGCACGACGACGCCGCCGCCAGGACCCCGAAGCUCGCCAGCUCGAAGCGGCCAAGCGUCGACUGCGACGCCAAGACGCCGCAGUACGUCAACGAGAGGCAGAGGCCCGACGCCGUCACCGCGAAAGAGCUGCACUCAGGCAGCGUGCUGCACUUGAGAGAGUAGACUUCGUGUGCGACGUUUGUUCUCGUCCCGCCGAGCUGUCUCCUAUCCGUACGUCUCACGUGCCGAUGCUCACGGCCCAGCGUCCGAGCAAAGACGUGCCUUCCUUCAUGCUGUGCCCUUCGUGCCAAAGCGACCUGCGGAUGGGUGCGAUUCCCCCGCUUACCAGGAGUUCCGCGUAUCCCGCUAAUCCGGCGGGUUUGUGUGAAUACCACUCGCUGUGCAGUAGUGACUAUGAAGAUCCACAGUGCCUGCAGAGACCUGCCAGAAGACUAAACUCUGAAAGGAACGCUAAAGAAAGCAAGGUUGACUGCUGCUUGCAGACAGAUGGCACAGGAAAGGUUGAUUGUUUUGCACAGACUGAAGAUGCUGCAAAGGUAAUGUGUCCAUGCCCCCUCCUUAUAUAA